AUGGGGAGAUCUCCUUGCGGCGAUGACAAGAUCAAUGGCCUCAAGAAGGGUCCUUGGACUCCUGAAGAGGACCACAAGCUGGUGCAGUACAUCGAGAAGCACGGCCAUGGCAGUUGGAGAGCCCUUCCAAAACUUGCAGGAUUAAAUAGAUGCGGCAAGAGUUGUAGAUUGCGAUGGACAAACUAUUUGAGGCCAGAUAUCAAAAGAGGCAAGUUCUCUCCGGAGGAGGAACAGACCAUCCUUGAUCUCCACUCCAUCCUUGGGAACAAGUGGUCAGCCAUAGCUUCACGACUGCCAGGGAGAACAGACAACGAGAUUAAGAACUUUUGGAACACUCACCUGAAGAAGAAGCUCAUCCAUUUGGGGUUUGAUCCGAUGACGCACCGACCAAGAACAAAUUUUUUUGCCACCCUGCAACAGCUCGUCGUCUUCGCCAAGCUGCGUGAGUUUGCUGAAGGCCGGUUGCCUUGGGAUGGCCACAGUUCUGCUGCCGGGCUUCAAGCCGAUGUGAACCAGGCCGCGAAGCUCCAGUACUUGCAGCAGCUCCAGAUGUUGGCUUCCAUAGCAAGUAGUGCAGAUACCAAUGGCUUAAUUAACCAUAUCACAGGCACAGACUCCAUUCCUGUCCAAGAAGAAAUCGAUCAUCUGAAUCACGCUGAAACAUUUCCAGAGACUCAAAUUCCAUGCUCUUUCGAUCAACCCGUAAGCAUCAAGAAUGAUAAUCAAUCUUCCAUAUUCACUGAGUUCAGCCAAAGAGAGAACUCACCCAGGUCACCGUUCUUGUCUCAUUCACCUCUGCCUCCAUUCACUGACAUAUCCUUUGGCAACCUCGGGGAUGCUAGUACCAGCUACAGCUGUCUUGGCAGUGACCUUCCUCCCUCAUGGUCUGACAGCUUGUUCGAUGGACAAUUCUUAACUGAUUUUGCCUGA